AUGCAGGCCAAUGCACUACGCUCAGACCUCUUACACCCUGGUCAGAGCCUCUGGGUUCCGCGCACAUACACCAUCGCAAAGGGUGACACUCUGUAUGCCAUAGCGCGUAUGCAUGGAACAACAGUGGAUGCAAUUAUGCAGAUCAACAACAUCCAAGAUGCGAACUUGAUUCAUGCAGAUGACAUCAUUUUGCUGCCAUAG